UUGGCGCAACGAGCGCCACACAAAGUCCCCGAACACAGCCCGGUCGAGCCGUGUCGCAGAGGUGCUACAGAGGUACAGGAUGAAGUUGCAAACCGGUGGUGCAGGCGGCUGCGCGAGCGAUACCGAGCAGCUAGUGCCACCUGUCGGCCCGCGGCGCAGGCGCGUCUUGCUCGGCAACUGGCAGGGAGCGCUGCAGGCGGUCACCCUCUUGAUCAGCGUUAUCAGCCUGACGCUGGGCUGCAUCGUGUUCAUGGUGCUCCUCUACACGCCGGCCUCCAGUCCGCUGGGACAGGCCCGAAACGUGGCUGACCUUCGACAGGUCAGUGACCUUCAGAGGCAGAUGAUCGGCCGCCUGCAGCGCGAGGCCAACUACCUGGACGCCCGUCAGAAGUUGCUAUGA